CAUCUUUCGGUUUUUGGACCUGCCUAGCUUUCAUGACUUUAUAGUUCAAAAGCAAAGCAAGGAAACUUUCUAUGUUUAUAAAGGCUUCAGGGGUCUUCAAUAUACCUACUGUUAUAUGUCUUUUGAGCUGUUGAUCUUUGUGCCACCACCACUAAAAUCCAGUCAACUAGGAAACUUCUUUCAUCACCAGGACAAUGGAGGACAACAUGAAAACCACCAUGAAGAUGGAAUUUGAGGACUUGCUGCCAGUUAUGGCAGAAAAGCUAGAUGUCGAGGCCUUUGUGACCGAAUUAUGCAAGGGAUUCAAGCUUCUAGCAGACCCAGAAAGGAAGUUGAUAACACCCGAGAGUCUAAGGAAAAAUUCAGGACUCCUGGGUAUGGAGGGGAUGAGCAAAGAGGACGCGGAGGGGAUGGUUAAAGAAGGCGAUCUUGAUGGCGAUGGGGUGCUUAAUGAGACUGAGUUUUGCAUUCUGAUGGUGAGGCUGAGCCCCGGAAUGAUGGAAGAUGCAGAGGCAUGGCUCGAGAAGGCGCUUGAUCAAGAGCUGAGGAAAUCUUCAGCUUGAUUGUGCAUUGAUCAGUAUUUGUAGCAGCAAAAAGGCUGUUCUUCUGGUUUCUGUAACUUGGCUAUGGGAGACAAUUAUCAAAUUUAUAUGGUCCGGUCCGAUUGUUAAGAUUGGUUCAGGCUACAGCUUUUGUCAUCAACAAAUUAGGAAAAUGGGGCUUAAAAUCUUGUGUUAUAAUAAUAUUGUUAUUGUCUGGGUAUGUAAUAUUAAUGUUUGGAUUAAAAUUGGUCAAAACUAGACUCUGAAUAAGACGUUGGAAGAAUAAAUUAGGACCAUAUUUUG